AUGAGACUGAAGCGCCGUAUUGCUUACUAUGAGCUAUUUGCUAUAUCAGACAGAGCUUGCCAUGUUACGCAACCGGAGAACAUUCCCGCUGGCGCCCUCACUCAUGUUAAUCUAGCUUUCCAGCUCAUCAACGACGACUUUACCAUCACAGAUGAUUGCAAGGACGUCGUGGCUCGAGUGUCUCGGCUCAAAAAAACAUAUCCCGGUCUACGAGUGAACGUUGCCGCGGGCGGCUGGGACUUUAACGAUCCGCCAACUCAGACUAGGUUCUCCGAUCUCGUGAGAUCCUAUUACAAUCGUCAAAAAUGUAUUAUUCCAGUGUCAUUCUACUUGCACAAGUAUGGACUAGAUGGCAUCGACAACGACUGGGAAUAA